AGAUAGCCCACUUUUUAAUUGAAGGGAGCUGCUUCUACUUGGCUGUAGCAGGAGCAGUGAGCAAACCACAUGGAAGACUCCCAGGAUUUAAAUGAGCAAUCAGUAAAGAAAACGUGCUCAGAAUCCGAUGCUUCAGAACCUCAGAAUUCCAGGUCUAUGGAAAUGCAGGACCUAGCAAGUCCUCACAGUCUUGUUGGCAGUAGUGAUACUCCUGGUGGCUCCAAACUGGAUAAAUCCAGUCUCAGCAGCACGUCAGUCACUACAAAUGGGACAGGAGGGGACAACAUGACUGUUUUAAAUACAGCAGACUGGCUGUUGAGUUGCAACACCCCCUCUUCUGCAACAAUGUCUCUUCUUGCAGUCAAAACAGAGCCCUUGAACAGCAAUGAAACCUCAACCACGACUGGAGAUGGAGCGCUUGACACUUUUACUGGGUCAGUAAUAACAAGUAGUGGUUACAGCCCAAGGUCGGCGCACCAGUAUUCCCCACAGCUGUACCCUUCCAAGCCCUAUCCACACAUUCUUUCUACACCAGCAGCUCAAACAAUGUCUGCCUAUGCAGGCCAGACUCAGUAUUCGGGGAUGCAGCAGCCAGCGGUCUACACAGCCUACUCACAGACAGGACAGCCCUACAGCCUGCCCACUUACGAUUUGGGGGUGAUGUUGCCCGCCAUCAAGACAGAAAGUGGACUUGCUCAAACUCAGUCCCCAUUACAGAGUGGCUGCCUCAGUUAUAGUCCGGGCUUUUCCACCCCCCAGCCAGGACAGGCACCUUAUUCUUACCAAAUGCCAGGUUCUAGUUUUGCACCAUCAUCUACCAUUUAUGCAAAUAAUUCAGUUUCCAACUCAACGAAUUUCAGUGGUUCACAACAGGAGUAUCCAUCCUACACAGCCUUUGGCCAAAACCAAUAUGCACAGUAUUAUUCAGCAUCAACGUAUGGAGCAUAUAUGACAUCAAAUAACACAGCUGACGGCACAUCUUCAUCAACCUCAACCUAUCAGCUGCAGGAAUCUCUCCCAGGACUGACUAGCCAACCAGGUACAGAUCUUCACCCAGGAGAGUUUGAUACGGUGCAGAGCCCUUCCACACCUAUCAAGGAUCUUGAUGACAGAACAUGUAGAAGUUCUGGCUCAAAGUCUCGAGGAAGAGGCCGAAAAAAUAAUCCUUCCCCACCUCCUGACAGUGACUUGGAGCGUGUGUUUGUCUGGGACUUGGAUGAAACCAUCAUUGUUUUCCACUCACUGCUCACAGGGUCUUAUGCACAGAAAUAUGGGAAGGAUCCCCCAAUGGCUGUAACCCUUGGUCUCCGAAUGGAAGAAAUGAUCUUUAAUCUUGCUGAUACCCAUCUGUUUUUUAACGAUUUAGAGGAGUGCGAUCAAGUUCACAUAGAUGAUGUUUCCUCCGAUGAUAAUGGACAGGACUUAAGUACCUACAGUUUUGCAACUGAUGGCUUCCAUGCAGCUGCAAGUAGUGCAAACCUUUGUUUGCCAACAGGUGUAAGAGGAGGAGUGGACUGGAUGAGGAAGUUGGCUUUUCGUUACAGAAGAGUAAAAGAAUUAUAUAACACCUACAAGAACAAUGUCGGAGGACUCCUUGGCCCUGCAAAGAGGGACGCAUGGCUGCAGUUAAGGGCAGAGAUUGAAGGUCUGACAGAUUCCUGGCUGACAAAUGCACUUAAGUCUUUAUCGAUUAUCAGUACUAGGAGUAACUGCGUCAAUGUCUUGGUAACAACAACCCAGCUGAUCCCAGCACUAGCGAAGGUUCUUCUGUACAGCUUAGGAGGUGCUUUCCCCAUUGAAAAUAUUUACAGUGCAACUAAAAUAGGAAAAGAAAGUUGCUUUGAACGAAUAAUGCAAAGGUUUGGCAGAAAAGUAGUAUAUGUUGUAAUUGGGGAUGGUGUAGAAGAAGAACAGGCAGCAAAAAAGCACAACAUGCCCUUUUGGAGGAUAUCAAGUCACUCGGACCUUUUGGCUCUCCAUCAAGCACUGGAAUUAGAGUAUUUGUAACUGUGUUCUCUAGCUGGGGAUCCAUUUUAUAUACAUAUAAAUAUAUAUAUAUAUUUCAAGUACACUGAAUUUUUAUGUGUGAUUCAAUGCCUCUGGCUCUACACAUAUAAAUUGUCUUAAAGGAUGAAAUAUUUGGAAUGAAAAUUCCAAAAUGAAGAAUUCAGAUUGCUGAAUGAAAUUCAACUUUAGUGCUACAGAAACAAAACUCGAUGGUCUUAUAUUUACAACACUUUAAUGGUUUAUUAACAACAAUGACAAAGAUGAUGAUGAU